GCGCUGAGCGGGCAGCUGAACCCGCUCGGUUGUGACGUGAAGGACCUUCCUCUCAGACACAGCAGCAGUAAUGGCGGACUACGAUGAUAGGGCCUAUGGCAGCUUCGGCGGCGGUAGAGGACCCCGUGGCGGCGGCGGGCCUGGAGGCCCCCGGAAGCAGAAGGAACUGCCCACAGAGCCCCCGUUCACAGCGUACGUAGGAAACCUGCCUUUCAACACGGUGCAGGGCGACAUCGACGUCAUCUUCAAAGAGCUCAGCAUCCGCAGCGUGCGAUUGGUCAGAGACAAAGAGACAGACAAGUUCAAAGGGUUUUGUUAUGUUGAGUUUGAUGAUUUGGAAUCCUUAAAAGAAGCUUUGACGUACGAUGGUGCGUUGCUAGGUGACAGGUCACUGAGGGUGGACAUCGCAGAAGGACGAAGGCAAGAACGAGGAGGCAGCGGCUUCGGCUUCAGGAAAGACGACAGUAGAGGACGAGGAGGUCCUCGAGGAGGUCCCCGGGGAGGAGACGGAGGACGGGAUUCGCGAGACGACUUCUAUGACCAGCAAGGAGGAGGUUUCCGAGACGACGAUUACAUGGGGGGGCGGGGUCGAGGGGGCAGCAGUCGUCCCAGCGAGAGGCCGCGGGGAGGUGGAGGAAUGGGUCGCUUCAGAGAGGGACCACCACCCCGCGGGGCAACGACAGACUUCAGAGAACCAUCUGAAGAGGAGCGUGCACAGCGGCCCCGCCUCCAGCUGAAACCUCGGACUGUCUCUGAACCGCUCAACCAGGUCGCCAACCCCAACUCCGCCAUCUUCGGCGGAGCCAAGCCGCGAGAAGAGCACUGACUCGUUUAAAGCCGCCGCCACAGACUCCCGACCAGACGGUGGCGCUAACACGCCUUGUUGCCAACCCCAGAAGAAGAAAUUAGAGGUUUUGUUUGAUUCAGUGUGGAUCAGACGCAGACUUCCACUGAGAUAAAUGUUGUAAAGUCCAAACUCUUCCUGUCCAAUAAAGCUGGAUCUUUGGUUUGUAGCUCCAACUGUAACGUGUGCUUCUUUGAUUUGAUGAACUAGGUCCAGUUCUGCCAGUCCACUUGGAUCAGGACCAGUCUGGGUUCGGUUUCAGUCUGACAGAGCGGUUUUUUUUUUUUUUUUUUUUUUCUUUAGCGGGACAGUAAAAGGAAAACGUUUUUUUUUUUCUUAACCUGCCGAUUCUUUUUUUUUUUUGUUCCCACUCUGUUUAUUGCAAUAAAAUUGUGUCAUCAUCAUCCAACACCAA